AUGGCAACAAUAUCAAAUAGCUCAUCGACGUCAUCGUCUUCGUCAGCAGCUUCAAAGAUAAAGUCGACCAUCCUAAUGACACUGAACCCAAAGAACGAAGAGGCUCAGAACGAUGAGAUGAUGUGUCUUCAAUCAAUAUAUAGAGACGACUUUGAGAUGUUGACACCUGAUGCAGUAUGCAAAAGAUUCAAGAUCACAUUGAUACCUCAUCCAACUAAUCAGUAUCAGAACUAUUGCUCGGUGCGAUUGUCAGUGACUUAUACACCAAACUAUCCAGACUCAUUGCCAAAUAUUGAGUUGGAGAAGGUGCGCGGACUAUCUGACGAGCAGAUCGAGGAGUUGUAUAUACUGCUGGGGCAGAAGAUGACCAUUGGACAGAUCGUCAUCUUUGAGCUGUGUCAGGCAAUCCAGGAGUUCUUGUUGCUCUACAACAAGGAGACGGUCAGUCUGCACGAGGAGAUGAUCCAGCGACAGAAGCUCAGCAACAGCAUUGGCGUAAAGUCGAGUGUCACAAUGAUGGGCGAGAGCGAUGACGAGGAUGCCACUGAGCGCGAGUACGACGACGAUGGCAAUCUCAUUGAGCGAUCGGAUGACACGGCGCUCAACACUACCGACGACAUGGCGCCGAGCUCGCCGCCAUACGGCCUCGACUCGUCACAACACAUGGGCAUGCCGCCCCUUCACAUGCGCUACGACAACGAGGGCAAGAAGCUCUUGCUCUCAUCGCAGGGUUCAUACGACACAUUCGACACAUUCUUUGGCAGCACGUCAAGUGGUUUGGAGAGCAAUGACAACAUCUUUGAAGAUCAUCAUCCACAUCAUCAUCAUCAUCAUCAUCACAAUCAUCACCAGCAACAGCAGCAACUGUGGCGCAGCCCCAGUAUAGAUUUGGACGACAGCGAGGGCAGCGAUCAAACCGCUGCCAAUCACUACACAAAGAUACGUUGGAAGCUGGGCGCGCGGCUCGGCCCAUCGAUCCAUGAGUGCACCAACCUGGACACUUCACAGGCGAUGGUGUGUCGUGUCGUCACUGUGGACAAUGAGAACUCGACGAAUGACGUGCGCGAGAACUUGGCCAAACUAUACUCGAUUCAGAAGGAGGUCGAAUGCAUGAAGUUCCUCAUCAAUCCAUACGUCGUGCGAUACAUUGGCACUGCCAUCGAGAACAACACAUUGUACAUCUUCCAGGAAUAUGUAAAGAGCGAGACAUUGCGCCGACGCAUCGAUAAACUGGGCAAGAUUGACGAGGCCACCGUGCGCAAGUACACGCACCAAUUGUUGCUGGCGCUGGUCUACCUGCAUUCACAGCACAUCCCACAUCGCGACGUCCAGACCAAGAACAUAUUCGUCGACGACAAGAACCGUCUAUUGCUCACAAACUAUGGCGGCAAGACCACGCGUAUCAUCGACUCACACGAUCGGCACUCGGCCAAGAACAUCAACUUUUGGAUCUCUCAGAAGCUGCUCAACUCGCCCAACUCACAGCUACGGCGAGAUGACCUAUACAACCUCGGACUGGUCGUGUUGGAAAUGCUCACUGGCGUGCAUCGAACGGUCAACCCGCUGAGUAGCAGCUCAGGCAGCGUAGGUAGCGGCUCGAGCAUGGGCAGCGGCAGCGGCAGUGGUGGUGGCAGUGGCGGCGCUCAGGCCAACGAGUACCUUAAGUUGUUCGAGAGCACGCCACUACCAGAGUGCGUGUCCCCACUGGCCAAGGACUUUCUGUACAUUAUAUUCAACAGCGAUGAGAAGGCGCGUCUGGAGGCUGGCCACAUCCUCAAGCAUCGUUUCAUCUCAUCGCAUCACUCGCUGUCUACAUCAACACCACAGCUCAAGACCAAGGAGACCAACAGCAGUGGCGGCAACAACAACAAUAGCAGCAGUGGUACUACCAGUAGCAGCAGCAACAAUAUAUUGAGUCUGGCACAUCUGGUCACGACGACGCUACGCAACACAACCGCUUCGAUACAGACACUGACGACAAGCUCUUCAUCGAACAACAACACCGCGUUAACAACAUCGACAAAUAGCGACGCGCUCAACACGAGCACAACAUCCAACCUGAGCGACUCGACGCCCUCCUCGCCACAGGCUUCUUACACAGCGGCGGGCGGUGUGGUGUUGGCCAGCAGCCAGUCACCGCCACCCACGACCAACACCAUCAUCUACCCACCAUCACCGACCAUCCUCAAGAAGGAACCGAUUACGCCGCUCUCCCCGUCAACCGCGAGUCUGCAGCCCCCCGCAACUAGCUCGCCCAUGGCCGACUUUCGUUAUCAUUCGCGUUACAGGACGGACUUUGAAGAGAUCGAGAUGAUUGGCAAGGGUGGCUUUGGCAUCGUGGUCAAGUCGCGCAAUAAGUUGGACGGGCGAUAUUAUGCAGUGAAGAAGAUCAAGACAGAGAAUGUAUCAUCGGACAGCCAUGCAGAGCCCCUCACAAACAAGCUGUUGCGCGAGGUCACUACCCUGUCGCGUCUUCAUCAUCAAUAUGUGGUGCGUUACUACCAGGCGUGGAUCGAGCGAUCAGAGUCGUUCCCAUCGGACAUUGAUGCGUCGAUGGAGGACCUCAGCGGUGAUCUGGAGACAGAUGCCAGCGAGGAUUGGAUGAUGCAGAGCCAUAGCAGGUCACUGAUAUCACACGACACAACAUUCACGGCCAACACAGACAUGAGCUAUGUGGCAAGCGAUGAUCCAUCGUUUGGCGACGACGAUGACGACGACAAUGACGAUGACGACGGAGAUGACGACAUGUCAUCAGAUGCAUCGACCUCCAACUACAACUUCUCAUCACACCAGUCCAAAAUACUCUCACGUCCAUCCAACAGUCUGCUACGAACGCCAAAGAAAGAGAAGAACACGCAUACACUGUAUAUACAGAUGGACUAUUGCUCCAAGAAGACCUUGAAGACAUUGAUUGACAACAUUGGUGGAAUGAGUGAGGAUGAGAUAUGGCGAAUCUUUAGACAGAUGGUCGAAGGUCUAGAUCACAUCCACUCACAAGGCAUCAUUCAUCGUGAUCUCAAGCCAGCCAACAUCUUCAUUGACAAUGAUGAGAACGUCAAGAUUGGUGACUUUGGACUGGCAACCAGUGGAACGACAAAGAACCCUGUUGGAACGGGCAUAGACAUCAACAAUAACAACAAUAAUAAUAACAACAACAAUGACAAUGACAACAACAUCUUCGCAGAGAUAACAGUGGACAAUGAGGAUAAUAUGACUGGAGGAGUUGGAACACCAUUCUAUUGCUGUCCAGAGAUAUUGAAGAAUACCAAACAGUAUGGGGUCAAGGUGGACAUCUACUCGCUAGGCAUCAUCCUGUUUGAGAUGUGUCAUUCGUUCCAAACACAGAUGGAGCGAUCAAAGAUACUUCACGAACUGCGCAAUGAAAUCAAGUUCCCACCUGGCUUCGAAGCUCUCAAGCCCGAUCAAUCACAGCUGAUUCGUCGCAUGGUGUCACACAAUCCCAACAACAGGCCCACGACAAAGGAGUUGCUCGAGUCGGAGCUGCUGCCGUCGAGAAUGGAAGAUGACAUCCUCAAGGAGGCUAUCAAGGCUAUCGCCAACCCAUCACUCUCCCUAUUCAACUACCUGAUGGAGAAACUGUUUGGCAUGUCCACAGACGAGCACAUCAUCUCGCGCUACCUCUACACGGCCAACGCCACACUCUCACAGGUGCACUUGCUGGCGCGCGAGCAGACCUUUGCGCGACUCACCAAGAUCUUCAAGAAUCGCUGUGCCGUGCGAAUUGACACGCCGCUUCUCUUCCCACGCGAUGGAUCAGCGGGCAACAACCUGGUGUCAGCAAAGUUCAUGGACGAGGGAGGCACUGUGAUCUACAUGCCCUACGACCUCACCGUGCCAUGGGCGCGGCACGUCGCCCUGCAUGGCAUUUCCCUUUCAAAGCGUUACUCAAUCGCCAAGGUGUUCCGUGAGGCAUCACCAGGCUUCAGUCCAAAGGAGCUGUAUGAGUGCGACUUUGACAUUGUCGGCUCGCCCAAGACGCGACACGUGAGCGAUGCAGAGAUACUGCGCACGGCAGUCGACAUCAUGGAGGAGUUCUCGCGUGAGCUUGGCGCCAGCUACAUCAUCAAGAUCAAUCAUUAUAGCACACUGGAUGGCGUGCUGGAGGUGUGUGGCGUCGAGCGACGACAUCACGAGCAGGUAUACAUGGCCAUUGCGACCCUGCACUGGAAGUACACGUGGACACAGGUGGUUGCAUCGCUGCGCGACAUUGGCCUGACCCAACAAUGCGUCAAUCGUCUGUCCGUCUACCUCAAGCAGACUGGCGAGAUGAUGACGUGCAUCGGCCAGCUCGAAAGUUUACUCGUGGGCAAGAAGGAGGCACUGGUCGGACUGACCGACUUGCGCAUGUUGGCGCGCAACCUCCAGGCCAUCAACAUCAUUCACAAGUUCUACCUGGACCUCAGUCUGGUACACAACUAUCAAUACUACAAUGGCAUUGUGUUCCAAGUUGUUAGCGAUCGUAGCAACGUAGCGUCGAACGAGCCCAAGCCACAGAAGCAAGAGAUAGUGAUGGCGGGUGGGCGCUACGACAAGCUGAUCCACUCGUUCCUUCCGCCUGCGACAAUGAGCAACAUAUGUGGCAUUGGCCUGACGAUCGCGUCCGAGAAGAUUGUCAACUCUGUCAUCUCGUACGAGCAGCGUCUAGUGCGCACCAAGGGCAUGCACUCCCUGUUUGACACAGAGGUGUUCAUCAGCUCGCUCGGCUCCAACAUGUUGACAGAGAAGCUACAAGUGGCCACGCAGCUAUGGUCCAUGAACAUCAAGGCUGACUACUCGCAGACCGACUACUCCACUGCCGAAGAGAUCUACCAUCACUGCAAAGAGAAUGGCAUCACAUGGGUCAUCAUACUGAAGGAGCGCGCAUACCAGACUGGCUCAAUCAAGAUCCGCCACAUUGAGACCAAGACCGAGUCGAUCAUCUCUCGCAAGGACCUCGUCGACUUCAUCCUCAAGGCCAAGAAGUAUCGCAUCAUGGAGAGUGGAGCGCCGGCCGGUCAGUCGUCGGGCAUCAGCACCAGUGGCGGAGCCACCGACAUUGCCGUCGACACACAGACCGAGCUGCUCAACAUCAAUGUGACUAUACAGGGUGGCGAAGACAUCAAGAACAAACUAAAGAAGAUCGAGGGCACGGUCAAGGAGUGCAUCAGCAAGAUGUUCAAGGGCUUCUUCCUGGCCAAGGGAUCGUCUAUCAAGGUGGUCGCCGUCGACCUGCCCAUCGCCACAGUCAAAGAGUUCAUCGACAGUGAUGUGCCCGCAUCCAAGUAUCCCAAAGCAUCUCGUGACAAACUUGUCCAACUGAAGGUACACGUGUCCAAAUGGAAGAUGAUACCAUUCUUUGUCGUCUACUCCUAUAAGGAUGAUAAGCCGAUUAUCAUUACCAAUAGUGUACCGUCAUAG